ACGGGGCCCUGCAAACGCCUGCAGCCGGGGCCACACUCACACUGCCCUCCCCACUGCUCCUGCUGUAGACAUUGGCUGCAGCCCAGGCUCCUCCAAGGGGCUCUAAAGCGGCGUGGGCCUGGGCUAGGCCGGCUCCGAUGGCUCUGGAUCUCUACGAGACGCCUGCUCGGAAGCUGGAUAAGUUCAUUUUCGACGCUCUGCAGCCCGACAGCACGUUCCUGCGCCAGGCUGGCCAAGCCAUCGACACGAUCUGUGAGUUCCUGAAAAGAAACUGCUUCGCCGACCGCCCCCCGCCCCGCAUCAAGGUGCUGAAGGUUGUGAAGGGUGGCUCCUUGGGCAAAGGCACGUCCCUGAAAGGCGGUUCCGAUGCCGACCUCGUGGUGUUCCUCAACUGCUUCAAAGGGUACGACGACCAGGAGACGAACCGGGCCGGGAUCAUCAAGGAGAUCGAGAGGAUGCUGGAGAAGUGCCAGCAGCAGAGGCACUUCGAGGUGUUCAUUGAGCAGUCCCGGUGGCCGAACCCCCGUGUGCUGAGCUUCAUGAUGAGUUCCAAGACGCUCAAUGAAUCCAUCGAGUUUGACGUGCUCCCAGCCUACAACGCCCUGUCCUCGGGUGCCAAGCCUCCCUCCCAGGUGUACGAGGAGCUGAUCCAGAGCUGCUCCCGGGGGGGCGAGUUCUCCACCUGCUUCACCGAGCUGCAGCGGGAUUUCGUGGUGGAUCGCCGCACCAAAGUGAAAAGCCUGAUCCGCCUGGUGAAAUACUGGUACAAGCAGCAUGUCCGUCCAUACAAAAAGUACCUGGGAAAGGGGGAAUCCCUGCCCCCCCAGUACGCGCUGGAGCUCCUGUCUGUCUACGCAUGGGAGCAGGGCAGCAGGGAUCGAGCUUUCGACAUGGCCGAGGGCUUCCGGACGGUGCUGGAGCUGAUCCGGCAGUACAAGCAGCUCUGUGUCUAUUGGACCAUCAACUACAACUUUGCGGACGAGGUCCUGGCAGGGUUCCUGCACCACCAGCUCCAGAAAGCCAGGCCCAUCAUCCUGGACCCGGCAGAUCCGACGGGGAUCGUGGGGGAGGGGAGCCGCUGGGACCUGGUGGCACAGGAGGCUGAGUGCUGCUGUCACCAGCAAUGCUGCAUGGACCUCUACGGCGUUCCUGUGCAGCCCUGGGACGUGUCGGCAGCCCCUGUUGUCUCCUCACCACCACCAGUCAUGGGGCUCUACCAGACACCAGCUGAGGAACUCGAUACAUUCAUCAGCAACGACCUGCAGCCCAACAGAGUUUUCAAGAACCAGAUCAGCACAGCCAUUCACACCAUCUUCCUAUUUCUGACCCAAAACUGCUUCAGAAACUCCGGCUCUGCAAUGCGGGUGCUGAAGGUGGUUAAGGCCGGCUCAUCGGGGAAGGGCACGGCCCUGAAAGACGUCUCCGAUGUGGACCUCGUCGUGUUUGUCAGCUCGAUUACGGAUUUCCGGGCCCUGAAAGCAGAACGGAAAAAAAUCAUUGCUGAAAUCCAGACAAGGCUGGAGGAAUGCAGAGAGUCCCUGGGAAAAGACCUAGAGCUGAGCAUUAAGAAAACAAAGUGGGAGAACCCCCGUGUGCUCACUUUUACCCUAAAAUCGAAUACCAUGGGUGAACGUAUUGAUUUUGACGUGCUGCCGGCUUUCGACGCUCUAGGCCAGCUGUACAGAGGCUAUAAACCCGACCCCCAGGUGUACAUCAGGCUGACGGAGAGCGAUCCCGAAGGGAGCGAGUUCUCCCCCUGCUUCACCGAGCUGCAGAGGAAUUUCGUCAUGGCUCUCCCCACCAAACUGAAGAGUCUGAUCCGCCUGGUGAAACGCUGGUACAAACAGUACGUCCUUCCCCACAAAAAGAAGCUGGGGGGGAAAGAGUCCCUGCCCCCCCAGUACGCGCUGGAGCUCCUGUCUGUCUACGCCUGGGAGAGAGGGGGCAGGGAUCCAGCCUUCAACAUGGCCGAGGGCUUCCGGACGGUGCUGGAGCUGAUCCGGCAGCACGCCAAGCUCUGUGUCUUUUGGACCAUCAACUACGGCUUUGCGAAUGAAACCCUGGGAUCGUACCUGGAGUCUCAGCUCUGCAAAUCCAGGCCCAUCAUCCUGGACCCGGCGGAUCCAACGGGGAUCGUGGGGCAGGGGAGCCGCUGGGACCUGGUUGCACAGGAGGCUGAGCUCUGCUGUGCCCAGCAAUGCUGCCGGAAGCGCAAUGGAUCCGCGGUUCAGCCCUGGAAUGUGCCGCUGCAGCAGACACGGAUUGCAGCUGAAGGUGAUUUCGUCCUGCAUUCUCGGACUACGGAUGAAGAAUACCCCAUCACUGAGAACCGGAUGUUUGCGACUGGCAGCCACGCUGCCCCGGCCAUGAGGCCAGCACAGGCUGAAGAGCAGGAAUCCUACUGCACGCUCCUCUGACAGCUGCCUCUCAGCCCCCCACCCCGUCAGGAGCCCUCCCUGGGGCAGGGUGGGCAUUACUGGGGGGUCUCUCCCUGCUCUGCAACUUCCUCCUUUCAGAAAAUGGCCCCUGGGGCCGGUUGAGGACCAGCCCUGGUGGGACGUGACCAAUCGGCUCGUGCUGCGUGCUCCCCCAGCUCCCUUCCCCCUCCCUGCUCUCUCUGGGGCUUGGCUGCAGUGACAGCCAGAGCCCCCAUCUAGACCCCUGCAUCCCUCCUGCCCCAGUGACAGCAGGUAGCACCUCCCAUGGCACCCCCUCCUGAGUGUGAUGGAGAGCGCUCCCUGGCACAGAGGGAGCCGGACCUAUAAUAACGAUCCCCUGUUCUGAGCACCUGGCUCUGUCUCCGGCCAAGGCUAGAUCCCCUGCCGGUGACCCUGGUUAUAGCCUCGGCUGCCUGCCUGGGGCUUGGCACCCCCUCCCUGUCUGGCACUGGGCGAGAGGAGCAAGGCCUGGGUGGCACUAGCGCUGCGCCAGCAGGGCCAGGCGUGGAGGGGACGUCGAGGGGUUCAGAGUCGGGGGAUGGGGAUGGUUCAGGAAGGGAACACGGCUCGCGUUUGCUCCUUGACACUCUGCACCAAAGGGGUGGGGCAUGCGGGAGACUGGCAGCCAUUGCUGCCCCCUGCCUUCUGCUUCUCUCCCAGCACGUGCCCUGGUGCCUCCCUUCUCCUUCCCCCACCUCCGGUGCAGGGGACCCGGGAAGGGGGUGGAAUUGCUCUUACUGGCUCUGCGUGAUGGGCACUGUGAUCGCCGAGUGUUUCCCUUGCCAGCCUCAGGCGACUGAUUCCUGGGGGUGUCAAUCAGUGACGUGGUUUCUCCUGCCUGGGGGUAUUUGCCCUUCCUGCUGCUUGCUGAGAUAUGUGCCGUUUUGGGGCAUGUUUGAAGGACGGCUGGUGGGAAGCCACACACCCAAUGGGGCAAAUCCCCCUUGAGUGAAACACGGGUCUCGCUGGGUUUCUAUUGGCUGGGCAGGAAUGGAGGUGGGAGGGGGUUAGUCUGACACUGCCCCACAGGGACAUGUUUCCGAGUGUGCUGGGGAAGGUGUUUGCAGGGAGAGUUUAUCCUGGAACGUCCCCUUGGACACAGCUGGGAUUUAGUGUCAAACACGUCAUUUAUUCCCAUGAACCCAGCCGAUCCCCCCCUCUCCCCCCCGCAGGGAGGAGGAGCUGGGGCCUAUUGCAGCUUGGGUCUCGUCAACAGAUUGCGAGCUACAGUCAAUCCUCAUUAGCGUCACUUUAUUAGCGGUGACGGGGGUGAAUACAGCCGUGCAAUAGUUAUUCCUUUCUGUGCAUGCACCUUUAAUCUCUCGGGACUGUACAGUCUCAGAACCAGGCAGCCGUUCGGCUGAGUCAGGGGAGACGCACACCGUGCUCCCUCCUAGAGACUUUACCUAGGUCCUUUCUUGUAUUUUUAUUGUUCUCUUAACGGAAAUAAAGGUCACUUGCUGUAUGAGGGGAAA